AUGCUGGUCGGCAUGUUUCCCGAGUUCGCCGAGUUCAUGGUGGAGCACGAGGAGGUGCUUCUCCACCUGACCACGAGCGGCCAGCCGAUCCCGGAGGACGCUCCCUUGCCGCCCCAGGAACAGGUGGACCUGCUGCAGCGUCGGAUACGGACGCAGAGGGAGGCCUUGCUCCAGGAGCACGGAGAGCAGCUCGACCAUCUGGACGGAUGUCAGCUCGCCGUCCUCAGCUUCAGCUGGAAAGGCCUGUCUUUCUUUCUGAGCUUCAGCGGGGUCAGCCUCGAGGGGCUGCUGGGGGUCGAGCCCCCUGUGGGCCUAGGUGCCGAACUCGCCAAGGCUGGCUUUCCAGAUCUGGUGGAGACGAUCGUAGAGUUCGCGCACUCGGCAGGAGUUCCUCGGGACGCCGCAGUCAAGCUUUGGGAGAUCAUUCAGCAGUUGUGGAACUCGGGCUUCGUGUCCAGCACACUCAAACAGGCUGUCAGUGGAAUGGGAUGGUGGGAGUGGGCUCGGACGGGCAUAACGCUGACCGCCACAGUAGGUGCGUACAUGGCAUCUGGAUCUCUUCUUCUGAUCGCCCAGAUGACCCUCACGAUCCUAUCGACCACAAGUCUCUUCAGCGCAGCCCAGGCAGCAGAGGCAUCGUGCAGGUAA